GAAGGCAGCAUGAUUCCGUACUGUACCCCUCCUCUUGUCGCAUAUUGAUCCAGCUAGCUGAUCGUAGCUUUUGUGUAAGGAUGGUGUCUGUGGUGUGUACAUGUCUGUCCCUAGUUUCUGACUAAAGAUAUCUUGCAUUUGAGGGGCUUUAAUGUUUGGUGCAGCUAAUCUAAAAACCAUCGGCAAAGCGGGAACCGGCUGGCACUUUCACCGGACAAUGGACGAGCUGGUCCAUGACCUGGUGUCAGCACUGGAGGAGAGCUCUGAGCAAGCUGCGCGUGGUGGUUUUGGUGAUGGAGGAGACCAUGCACUGGCCGUGGGCUGUCUGCUGAAGAGGCAGGCUCGGAAGCGGAGGGGCAGAAAACGACGCUCGGACAACCCACACCCGCCUUGGGAGACAGGCCACCUCAGUGAGGGCUCGGAGUCUAGUGUGGAAGAACACAAGGACUACCGUGCUAGUACAGGGGGUGUAUCUGGUGCCAACAGCCACGCCCGUGACAACAGUGACUCGGAUGAACAACUUGGGCCCAAACGGCGCACCGUCCUAACAGCUGACACAGGACGAAACAAGCGUCCACUUUGGCCAGACGACUUGGGUCUCCUUGGAUCCGCAGAGGGAACUCGCAGUCUUAGACGAAGACGUAAGGUCAAACGUAUGGCUGUAGACCCACCUGUAGAACCAGAACCCCCCUCCUGCACCAUGUUAGGGCCCCCACCUGUCCCAAAAGCCCGUGCUAGUGCCAGGCCGCAUAGACUGGGUGCUAGUGAGGGCAGGGUUGCCAUGGAACUCUGUGGAGGUGGACUGAUGGGGCCAGGGGGAGGAAAGAACAGGGUGAAGAAGAGGAAACUGGCUCCCCACAGGCUGGGCAUGGAGGCUGCAGAUGAAGGGGUAGUGGUGGAGAGUGAGGACCACAUUUCUUCUCCAACCGAAGGGUCCAAGGACAAGAUGGAGUUGGAGGAGCAGAAGGGCUCGGAUGAGGACAUGAGUGACAGGUGUGAGACCAGCAGUGUCAGUAACAGCAGUGACGGAGGCCUCUACACCAACGAUGAGGGGAGGCAAGCUGAUGACGAGCAGAGUGACUGGUUCUAUGAGGGUGAGCCAGGCUCCGCCCCAGCACCCGGAGGUGCAUGUGCGAUAGCAGGAGUGGUGCCUUGGUGGGAGAGGGACACAGGGUCAGAGGAGCUGGACCUAGUUGAUCCUGUCUUCAACAGCAUCAUGACUGGAUCCUUCCCUCUCAUGAGCCCUGGAGCACAGAGAGUGUUCCAGGCCCGACUGAGUCGUCUCCAUGGAAACCAGCAGGUGUCUCAGGCAGGCAGUUCCAGCCAAGGCUUCAACGACAGACUGGGCAGACAAACCCAGGACUCCCAUGAGCCUUGGUUUAGCUCGGGUUCGAGGAGAGAACACGGACAGUUACUUCAGUUGCAUUGGGACCCACGGUCGGACAGAGGGCAUCGGAGAAGCUGUUCAGUAAAAACAGCCAGCAGACAGACCAGCGGGCACCUCGGCUCUCUGUGUACAGGGGAUGUCAAGCGGAGGCGAAAAGCUGCCCCCCUCGGUUCCACCGCCCCCUCAGGAGUGGUCGGGGAGAGCGCGCCUCCCAUCCCUGACACAAACAUGGGGAGCCGCAUGUUACAGAGCAUGGGCUGGAGCCCGGGGAUGGGCCUGGGUCCAGAGGGCAGGGGCAUCACCGAGCCAGUCCGGGCCACACAGAGACCCAAAGGCAUGGGUCUGGGUUUCAACUGAACACUAACCGGGUUUCUGAAUCCUGAACCUGAAGUCAUGCUGGGACAAGACUCCCCAAGAGAUAGGAGUGAGGGAGACGCUGCUGAGGGGAAUGAAAGAUAAAAA